CUCCAUUUUGAUUCUGCCAUUUGACAAAUCUUAACUUGAUAAACUAGCUAUUGAAUGUUUUUCUUAUAAAUUGCAAUUUUCUAAGUAAAUGAUUCAAAAAUCAAUCGGAAAUACUAUUUAUUACAAACGUAGGGCCCUAAUGAAUCGGUCAAUUGGUCCAAAGUGAAAAUGUGUGACGUGUGUGGGGAAUUCUUACAUCUUCUGGUGUCCUACGAAUUGCGAUUGAUUGGAAAUGAUUCGAAACACCCUACUUUGCAAAAACAUGAAGUCGAAAUUGCGCUGGGAUACAUCCAGACAUGGCCACAACGACAAUGUAUGUGCUGCUAUCGGGACAUUAAAAAUUUCGAACGAUUCAAUCUGAUAGUUCAGGGGAUGAUAUAUCUGGCUGUGUUACAACUAAAAAAUAUUCAAACUUUGGUUGCUGCAUUGAAACCACCAAAUCCAACAAGCAAUAACAACAACAAUGACAGUAACAGUGCGAACGACACCACUGAUACCGUUGAAAAGAAGGAAGAAGACUCAAAGAACGAUUCACAGUGGACGCUUAAAGAAGUGGAACAGCUGCUAAUUCUCAUCUCGAAAGCUUUUUUACUGAACUUUCCAUUGUACAUUGCCUACAAGCAUGGCGUACAUUCACGAUUGGAUGAUAUAUCUGCCCAGGAAGCUCAGAGUCUCAGCAUGUUUUGUGAUUUGCAUGACAGUGAAAUUCCCGCAUUUCUUUUGCGAAAUGUUACGCUAUUUUGUAACACCGGUGGACUGAGUGCCAUGAUGGCCUGCUUUGAACUGCCCAAUUUGCCGGUAUCAACAGCACACGCAAUUACCGCUGCCGUUUCAAAUUUGAAACUUUGGCUGAACUAUCGUAGUGUCGUGCAAAUGUUUGUGCCGCUUCGCGUCAAGGUGUUACAGUACAUGUGUAAACUGGCCGAUCAAGAUCUGAGAUCACCAGCCACACGAUCGAUGGCCGAUUUUAUGUGGGCAGCGAUAAAAGAUCCGCUGGAUACUCAAAUUGCAUUCGACACCGAAGGAUUGGCUUUGGCAUUUAAGUACUUUACAUCGACCACGUUAACAAUGAGAUUGGCGGGCAUGGCUCAAAUAAACGCUCACAUCAAUCUGUUCAACGAAAUAUGUACAUCGGAAACUGUAGCUGAAGUAGAAAUUGUUGGUCAAAAGUUGGCCGACUGGUUGACCGAAUACCAAAUCAUAUCACAUCUAUUCGGACCGAAUCUACACGCUGAAGUGAUCAAACAAUCGCACAUUGUACUGAACUUUUUGGCUGUUGAAAAUCAAAUUAACGAAGAACACAUCAAUCUAAUCUGGCAAGCUGCUCAGUUGAAACAUUGCUCGAAACCAAUCUACGAUAUUCUGCCGUCAUUGGUGAAGAAUCUGGUGCCACAGCCGGCACUUCAUUUGUAUUCGUUGUUGUGCCGAUUGGAUCCGAAAGAGCACACGGAACAAAGUAUUUACAUAACAUCGGCAUUAACCAAACUGAUUUGGUCACGAGACGGCUCAAGGCAACCGAUUGAAUUGCCCGGCGUUUUAGCGCAUGUUCCAUCCAGUUCGGAAAAUAGUGUCAGCAUGGAUGGCAGCAAUAGUGAAGAGGAGCAUCCGGAUGAGGACAGUUCAGAUGGCCAGAAAAGUAUUGUCAUUGAAUUUGGAUCUGAUUCUGGUCCUACUCCGUGCAAACAGCCGAGACAUAAGCCGUGCUGCGACGAAACCACCGACGACAGCAGCAAGAUCGAAGAGAUUGACAUUGACUGUACAAAACUGAAAGCGGAUGUCGGUCGAACAAAUCGACGAUUGGUCCCGGUCAUGAAUGCAAGCAGUAGUGACGACUGCUUAGAUGACGUUGGCAAUUAUGCGUUGCGAAAGAAAAUACGAAAGCGACGGAAAGUGCGAGUGAUUACCAAAAAGCAACUUCAAAAUAUGGAACCCAUAUCGGAUGGCGAAUCUCAGAGUGAAGGUGUCAUUGGGAUAAAUGAGAGUGACUGCAGUGAUACACACAUUCAAUCUUCUAUGCUUGGACAUCCGCAUGGACACACUGACGGCCCGUUUCUGAGUGCCAUUUCGGAUUUAUUGAGUGGUGCGGAAAAUGAUGGAUAUUCGUCGCCGCUGAGCAAUAAAUCGGAAAAGAAUAUGGCCGACUUUGAGGACGAAGAUGAGGACGAUGAAGUGUGCGAUGAAGAGAUGGAACAUUUAGCCGCACAGUUUGCGUCUCGAGACAUUAUUCGAGAACAUUUUCAGACUGUUGCAAAGUCAACUAGAAAUGCGUCGUGCAAAGUGAUGGAUAAAGCGAUCAAAGAUCAGAAACAGCAGCUAACUUAUCGCGUCGCUGAGGUAUGCCAACCGGGCAACACAUUGUUGUGGGACCUGCUGAUGGACGAUAAAAUUGGCCAGUUGGGUGAAUCGCUAGCACUUGAAGCGGAAAAAGCAUUGGGAACAUUGCUGUGCUUCAACACGGAAAAAAUGAUUCGUACAAAAUUCAUAGAAGGUUGCCUUCAAAAUCUCGCUUCUAAUCGCAGUGUUAUCGUUAGUCUACGUUUAUUGCCAAAACUAUUCGCAUCGUUCCAACAAUUCCGAGCCAUUGACACACAUCAAGUGACCAUGUGGGCCGAAGAGGUUCACAACAUGAUGACCCAUUUUUUUAACAAUUUAAAAUUUUACGCCAAUUCAACGAAAAAUCAAAAUCAGGGUCAAGUUUUAAAUCAAAGCGGUGGCUUGAUGUAUUCACAUUUGACGCAGGUGCAAGUUCGACUACAGUUUCUGUCGUCGGUAUUCAGCACCAUGGGAUCACCAGACUCGUUUCGAUUGAGUUUGGAGCAAGUGGACGCAUUGUGGGAAUGGUUGGCUAACGAUUCAGAAUGUUCGGAUUGUUUGUUCGCAUGGCUGCAAGGGCAAGCCAAGGGCGCGGAUCAACAUGCUUUGGGUAUUGAUACGUUACAGCAUUUGUAUUUGAAAAAGCUUCCGGAAUUGAAACCAGAAGGAAUUUCGAUGGUUGCUCUGGGCCUAUUUCAACAAUUAUGCAGCUUAGCUCGACUGGCAGCCGCUCAUUAUGACACCGAUUCUUCAAUGGACAUUGUCGGCAUGAGUCAUUUGUGGAAAAUCGCUCUGAGAGCUUCAAACACAGACGUUUCGUUGGCUGCUAUUCAAUACAUCAAUUCAUAUUACAUGGGACAGCAGCUAAAAUUGGAGAAAGAAUUUGUCGCCCAUUGUAUGAAUCAUUUGAAACAAGCCUCCGAAGACCUGAACAGCACCGAAUACCAGGAAAAUGCAUUGAUGUGCGUUCAACGUGCACUAAUGCUCCUGAAUACGCAUUUAGACACAUUCCGUCGUCGGUAUGCAUAUCAUCUUCGUCGCUGGGCACUCGAAGGAAAAAGUUUUGGUUCGCAUAGCGCCCUUCGUAACGAUGGCCUUGGACCGCAGAUUCGCGUCGUACUCCAGCCGAAUGGAUUGUCUGAGAAAUCGGUGUUACACUUGCACACAUCUGACUUGGUGGCUGAUUUGAAGGCCGAAAUUGGUAAAUGGUGGGAAACAUUACAAGGUGGUGCUAAAUCGUCGGGCGCAACAGCCCCGGUACUGGGACUACUAUUGAGCGAAGGACCAUUGCGGAUCAUAACGCAAGGACAGGAAAUCACAUCGGAGUACGAUGAACGAAGUCUGUCUGACGUUGGAUUCAAAGACAAUCAAAUGGUAUAUGUGUCGCUCGGAAGCCGAGGUGGUAGACGUCGUGAUCCAGCCGAUCAUCCAUCGCUGCAACCUCCGCCACCCAAAGAGUGUCUUCCAACAGUUCUGUUGCUGCAGCCCAAGUACUUCGAGGAAUUGUUUCAGCUGAUGCAGACUCUUGGCGAUAUGAAGUUGCCGAGUAAACGGGGAUGCGUUCAGCCGCAUACAAAAGCACAAUUGCUCUCGCGACGUGUUUGGGAUAUUUUGGCUAUGCUGCCGACGAACCCGGACGUAUUGAAUAAAUUCAAAAACGUCACCAAAGUUUUUCAGACGAGCGGCAGUGAUACUACGUCGGAAAAAGUCAACCCGGAUUCCGAAUAUCAACAACAGAUUCAGGAACUGCUACAUCCAAACAAUUUACAAAAAUUUAUGUACUCACUGCAUAUCGUUGAAAGUUUGUCCAAGACAAAGCCAUCCGGGUGUUGCGGCAACGAGAGCAAUUUGAAAGCGAUUCAACCGAAAUCGAAAUCGAACCACAAGCAGCAACAUAAACAGAAGACACCAAAAGUGGAUAAAACCGAAGAGUCUAGUGUUGAUACAAUCAAAGAUGUGACGAAAGUCAGCGGUGACGAGGAAAAUACUGUAAAGGAGACGACAGACGGUGAUAAAAUUAACACAACUGAAUCCAAAGCAAUCAAAAUUCAGGAUGGAGACGGUAAUAUCAAAAAUCAAGUACCGGAACCAGCGGUUCGUUGGACGGAUGCUUUCAUCAAGUGUGGUGGUCUACGUCAUUUGUUUGAUAUUUUUAUGUCGGGUAUGCUACAAUCCGAAAAAGGUGUCGACGACUGUAACGAAUGGCGGAAUGAUUGUUUGGCGAGUCUGUUACGGAUUUUAUGCCUAUUAGGCGUUGAAGAAAUGAAACCAGACGAUUCGUUGCCCGUUCUCAACGAAAAUAUGAUGAAAAUGAUGAUACCAGAGGCAACAUUAAAACGCUUAUCGUCCAUCCUAAACGACGCUGGUCUUCCGACAAAUCCUCACCAUUUCAAAACCGGAUUUUGGGGGCGAUCUCAAGUAAUUCAUUUCACUAUGAAUUUGCUGGUGUGCUUGGUGCACUCAUCGGCACCAGCUCGAGAAUAUCUUUGGUCAGAUCCGGAUCUAUGUGGUUGGUUGCAGCGAUUCAUUUUAGAUGACCCCGAACCGGCUGUAAGACGAGAAGCCUGUGCAGGGUUGUAUCGAAUAUGUUUGGGCAACAACAUAAAGUACGACUGCUUGAUGGAACCGUUAGUGACAAAACUCAUUGGUUUUUUGCCUAUUGCCGAAAAGAUGGUUUUGCAGCAUUCGAAUCCGAAUUACUCAAACGACGACGGCAAAGAACCGUAUGGCCCUGCAUGUAGAGAUUACUUUUGGUUAUUAUGCCGACUGGUUGAGAAAAAAGAGAGCGACUCCAAAGAAUCACAGUCAACAUUCUUUGACAUCGAGGCAUUGUGCCGACAGGUAGCUGAUUGCAUUUUGAAGCGAGACUUUCUGGAAACAAGAUACGGCAACCAGGACGAUGGAUUGGUCGGACUGUUAAAUUUGAUUACAAAUUUGAUGAAACGAAAUCCACAAUUCAAAUUCAGCCACGAAGCAGAACAGUUUAUUAGCGAAAUUUUCGAUUGUUUAUUCGAUUUGCCAUCACCGCAAAAUCGUCAAAAGCCGAAAUGCAAAUCUCAAUCGGCCAGACUGGCCGCGUAUGAUCUGCUCGUCGAAUUAUGCAGAAAAUGUCCGAAAAACUUUACGAUUCUGCAUGGAAAGCUAAUGGAUCAGCACCGACCCGGUCCACAUUCGACAUAUCCAUGGGACUAUUGGCCCAGGGAUGACGGUAGAUCGGAAUGCGGAUACGUUGGUUUAACUAAUCUUGGUGCUACGUGCUAUAUGGCCUCGUGUAUCCAGCAUUUGUUUAUGAUGCCUCAGGCAAGAGAAGCCAUUUUGAAAAUUGGUCCACUAGCUGCCCAGAAGCACGAAUCAACAUUGCUCGAACUGCAGAGAAUGUUCGCCUAUUUAAUGGAAUCGGAGCGAAAAUCAUACAAUCCACGAUCGUUCUGUCGAGUCUAUCAGAUGGAUCAUCAGCCGUUAAAUACUGGCGAACAGAAAGACAUGGCCGAAUUUUUCAUUGAUCUUGUGUCUAAAUUGGAGGAAAUGACACCCGACCUAAAGACUUUAAUCAAGCGUCUGUUCUGUGGCACUCAAUCGAAUAACGUCGUCUCUCUGGACUGCGGUCAUGUUAGUCGAACUCUGGAAGAAUUUUACACCGUUCGUUGCCAGGUGGCGGAUAUGCGAAACUUGCAUGAAUCGCUGGACGAAGUAACCGUCAAAGAUACCCUUGAGGGUGACAACAUGUAUACGUGUUCUCAGUGUGGCCGAAAAGUGAGGGCAGAGAAAAGGGCCUGUUUCAAAAAGCUGCCACAAAUUCUCUGUUUCAACACCAUGCGCUAUACAUUCAACAUGUUGACAAUGUUAAAGGAAAAGGUGAACACUCACUUCUCAUUUCCGAUGCGAUUGGACAUGUCUGGUUACAUGGAGAAAACGCUGAUGCCACAACAGUAUCAAGAGGGGAAACGGAAAACGGAUGAGUCGACCGUUGCAGUAGACGAGAUCAAAGUUGACGGCACGGGAAACGAGUCUGAAGAGCAAUCGAAAUCUGAGACGGCAGACAAGGUCAAAACCGGCGACGAGACAACGAAAGAUGAUGGUGCAACGCAAAAGGAACCGGAAAAGGAAGAUAGCAACGAGUUCGAAGAUCACCAUGAAUAUGAUUUGGUCGGAGUGACGGUACAUACAGGCACAGCGGAUGGUGGACAUUACUACAGUUUCAUUAAAGAGAGAAAUUCGUUGAACGGUCAACAGGAUCGAUGGUUUUUGUUUAAUGAUGCUGAAGUGAAAAUAUUCGAUCCAUCGCAGAUAGCCGCCGAGUGUUUUGGUGGUGAAAUGAUUGUAAGAAGCAAAACCUACGAUCCGGCAACCGAAAAGUAUUUGGACUUUAGUUUCGAGAAAACGAAUUCGGCGUACAUGCUGUUUUAUGAGCGACGUUCGAGUAAAGAUGACGAGCCAACGAAUAGUGAUGGUUGUGAGCCUAGCGAACAAUCACUGCCAAUUGCAAGCUGUUCAUCGAAUCAAUCUACCGAAAUUGAACUGCAAAGUAAAAGUAUUCCGAUACCAAUUGAUUCGACAACAUCCGAUCAAGUAGCAAUCGAAGAGACUGAAUCAAAUAUUGAAUUAACGAACAGUAAUUUAGCACACAACAAAUGUGAUAUAGAUAGUAAGGGUAAAGUUAAUGCAACAGCCAACCAAUCGAAACGCAUAGCUAAUGGAAACGAGUCAUCAUCAAUUACAAAACGUACCAGUUUGUUGUGUAAAGAUCUUGAAGAGUGGAUCUGGCAAGACAAUCGUCAUUUCCUGCAAGAUCGGAAUAUAUUCGAGCACACGUAUUUCAACUUUAUGUCGCAAAUCUGCGGCCACAUACCUCAGAAACUUCAAACUGAUGUCACAUGCAUAGCUGCUCAAUUAUCUGUUUCGUUUUUCAUUGAGACGUUUAUUCACGCCAAAGAGAAGCCGACCAUGGUGCUAUGGGUUGAACUAUUAACAAAACAAUUUAACGCCAGUCAGGAAGCAUGCGAAUGGUUCUUGACUCACAUGUCAACGGAACCAUGGUGGCCGGUUCAGGUGCUAAUUCAAUGUCCGAAUCAAAUGGUUCGGCAAAUGUUCCAAAGGCUUGUCAUUCACGUCAUUCAGCAAUUGCGUCCGACCCAUUUCGGUCUGUAUUUGAAAACUGAAUGCGACGACGAUGAUAAAGAGACGAUCGGCAAUGCGUCUUGUGUGACAAGAUUCAUCAAAUCGUUAAUCAUAUUGAUGGAACAUGGUGCUAAGCCUCAUUUACGGCAUUUGAGUGAAUUUUUCGAAUUGUUGUACAAUUUCUCGAGAAUGGGCGAAGAAGAGGGCAUGUUUCUGCUGAAGAUUAAUGUCAUUCGUAGCGUUGCUGAUUUCUAUCUGGGCCACAAGACGCAGGAUUGUUUGGAAUCUACGUCUGACAAUGACGACAAUUCAUCCGACGAGGCAUUGUCAAUUGACUCUAAGGCACGUCCUGCAUCACUGGACAAAAUGAUUGCACUGGUCGCUUCUUUGGUGGAACGAUCCAGAGGUGCUGAUUUGCGUCUUAAUUUAGCCACUAGAGACUACAAUGCAAUCGCUGGUGGAAAAGGCUUUCCGUUCCUUUAUCAGCAAAUCAAAGACAAUAUAAAUCCACACCAAACCAGACACUUAAUUCACGCAUUGUGCCGGUGGGACGAACGACUAGCAAACCAGAUCAUUUCUAUGUUGUUCACUACCGUAACCAAGCACACGGAAUUGUGUGGACCAUUUUUCAAAUUGCUCACACUGCUCACCGAAUCAUCGAGCGGUCCAUCUGGUCUACCAUGCUUUUCACAAUUGGUUUUGCAACGAGUUUGGGAUGCGGCCGAAUAUUGUCCGCAGUCAGCAUUAGAUUGGUUAGCUGUCCAGGCGCCGAGGAAUAAAAUUGCUCAUGCUUGGAUUUUGCAGUCGGCUGAAAAUUGGGUCGAACAGUUUCUGUUGGCGCAUAAUAACUCUCGCGUUCGUAACGCUGCUGCUUACCUACUUAUAUCGUUGGUUCCAUCUCAAUCGUUUCGCGCGAAUUACCGUACUAGUUCACUAAAAAUUCCCAUACAAACGUCGCAACGAGAACUGAGUGGGGACGCUUUAAUAAUAUUGCAUACCAUCCUAAGUCUGCUGCUUCGGCUAUUACGACAAGCAAGAGCAUACACAGACAUUUCAGUACAUGGAACCGGCAAACUUACUGCCUAUUUCAGUUUGAUGACGUACUGUAUGAUAACAAAGACUGAAAAAUUGAUGUUGGGACCGUUCCUACGAUCACUGUGGGAAUUGUUUCAUCCUCGUUUGUCAGAGCCAAGUGUUCCGGCUCAUCACAACAAACAGGCUUUGCUGGCAUUCUGGUACCAUGCUACGAACGACUGUCCAGAAAAUGCACAAAUUAUGACAAAUUGUCCGGAAAUAACCAGAAACAUUGCAUUUAAUUACAUUUUAGCUGAUCACGACGACACCGAAAUCGUGGCAUACAAUAGAGCUAUGUUGCCGGCUUAUUAUGGCUUGUUAAGACUUUGCUGUAUGCAAAGUCGCACAUUAACACGACAAUUGGCUGCUCAUCAAAAUCUUCAAUGGGCGUUCAAGAACAUCACGAGCCAUCCCACACAAUAUUCAAUGGCAGUCGAUGAACUGUUUCGCCUGAUGACGCUGUUUGCUGCCCGUCAUCCCGAUGCUACCGAAGCAGAACAACGUGAUAUUUCGUCAUUCCGUCGAACCACACUCACUGCCUAUCUGUCCGGAUUGGAUGCACGAGUUUCGUGGGGAACGGUCAUAGCCGCACUGCGUAUACUAGUCGAUAACGAUGAGGAUCGUUUAUUUGUGGUGUUUAAUGGUGGUAUUGCUAUGUGUUUCGAGGCAUUGCACACAUUACAUUCCAUGUAUCAUGAGGCCACUGCUUGUCAUGUGUCGGGAGAUUUACAGGAAUUAUUAACUGAAUUGGUUUUACUAGUUAGUGCGUUACGAAUAAAUUCGCGUGAACAGAAGAAACGACCACCAAGUGGAGCACUCAAAGGUUUACCGGAAGCCGUACGUCGAUUGGCCACGCUUUUAAACACAUUCAAUCCACCUGAGAUGAGAAACUUGUCGCUGGAAGUUCUCAAAGAACUGGUUCGUAAUUCCAAUCUGGAGGUGACCAACAUCUUAGCUCCAUUGUUUACCAAUUGUCAUGUGCAAGCGCAAUCAUCGCCGAAUUCCGUUGGAUUUGGUCCGUACUUUCCCAGACGAGGAACGAAAAUACCGUGGCCCUCAGUAUCCAAAAAUAAUCCCAGACCACCGCGACCAAUGGUACAGAUGAGCAUACCGCAAAGUCAGAUUUUACAAAAGGGCGUGGACAAGGACUUUGACGCCGGACUCGAUGCAUUCUAUCGACCGUAUCAUGAUUUCUUGGACGUAAUGUUUCGGAUGGCCGUCAACACAAAUCAGCUGAACGAUUCGCUGGUCAGUUUAAGUUGCUUGGCCGGAAUCGAAGGAGCACCGUUGCACUUCAACCUGUUUCCCAAAUUUUGGGUUGGCAUUUACAAUAACAAAAAUACCAACAAGUACGCUGAGCUUCUGAUCAACAAUCCAUAUUUGAUUGACUAUGUUGACGUCAUUGUCAAAGACGAGCGAAUAUCGCUGAAUGACCCAAUUAUCACAAAUUUCAUGGAAAUUUAUUUCCCCAAGGCAACGUCUAAAGUUCAAACACCAAGACUGUUGGACUCAAUUUGUCAAGUAGUAACGUCGAAAGAAAACUACGAAGACUUGUGCGGCGACUUGCUGACCAUCCGUGUAAUUGUGCAGGCCUUUGGAAUACCGACAACAAUCAGAAGCCAGUUGCUCAGUUGCCUGAACACAAUAAAGACGCGCUUCAAAGAGGAAUUCGAAGACGACGAAUCACCACCGAAAAAGCGAAAGCUCAACUCUCCUGUACAGCCAGUAUCAUCAGCCUCAUCAUCGGCAUCGUCAUCGGCUUCGUCUUCGACAUCGUCUUCAUCAUCAUCACCAUCAUCAUCAACGGCGCCCGCGAUCACAUCGAAGACUGAUGAUGUUGCAUCCAGCAGUUUAGCAUCAUCCGAACAGCCAGAGCAAUCAACAUCUGUGAAAAAGACGUCAUCAGAUGCAAGUGUCAAGAAAAAUGAAGCAGACAAUAAAGACAGUGAUCCAACGAUGCCGUCUGAAGUAGCAACGACGGCGGCGACAACAACAACAACAACGUCAUCAUCGUCAUCAAUAUCUGGCACAAAGCCGCCGUUAAUUGACGAAGUGAAAGAGAAAUCCGUUGAACGGAACAUUUUGAAGAAGAUUGAAUUCACGCUGAUGACGAUACUGAAACAGUUCGACGACGACAGCAGUAAUAGCCUCGAAGCUGUCGUGGUCCAUCAGAAGGUACAUCAGAAAGACCAUGAAACUCCACCGAAAAAGUCGACGACGACGACGACAAAUGUAACAACAACAACAACAACGACAACAACAGCCACAUCACCAACAUCAGACGCGAACAAAUCAUCAAUGGCAAUUGAAUGAGUGAAAUUGUUAAAUGUAUUUCGGUAAUCAAUUCUUUUCUUUUCUUUUUUCUAAUUUGUUUUCUUCUUCUCUCUUUUUUUUAUAUAUUUUUGAUAAUUUUGAGAAAAUGGCAUUCAUUGAUUCAAAUACAUGAGAGGUCUUUAAAAGGGGAAACUAAUCCCGAAAAUUGAACCCAAAAUUGAUAGUCAAACGUAAAAUCUAUAAAAUGUUGGAACAUACCAGUUCUAAGGCAACGAAACCGGCUUUAGAGUUCGUAACAAAAAUUCAUUUUUAAAUCGAUUUGUAAUCAACAACAAGAGACACGGUCAUCCACAGAUAUGAAAUUUGUAAGAUCGAAACAUAAGAUGAUCAAAUUACUUUGAUAUGUCGAGCGGUUGUAUCCUACCCUGUAGCGAGACUCUUAUAAAAUCCAGACAUAGCUUCCUCCAACCUUUAUCAGAAAUAGUUGUUUGUUUACCAAGAAACAAAAUAGGAAAUUUCAACAAUAGCAAAGUCUACUCGAGAUGGGAUUUCCUUUUGAUCCCAAGGUGAGCAAAACGUUUUUCAUGUGUGCAUUCUGCGAAAAUUCGUCUUUGCCCACGAUAAACAGAUUUUAACAAAUCAACAAAAAAUGACAGCGGGAUGAAAACAACUGGUCCCCUGAACAGUCACUGACAAAAAGAGAAUGUUCGCACUUAUGCGUAUUUUCCUUGUGGACAUGAUAGUCUCCAAUGACGAAAAAAUCUCUUUGCCUUUUGAACAAUUGAAGAUUCUCAUUUCCACUGGGGAAAGUCUUCGUUAAAUAGUAAGUUUGGACGAUGAAUGACCCCUGAUUCUGACCUUUUUACUCCUUUUCAUUUUCAUGAACAGUGUCAAUAUUGAAACUUAGGUAUGUUAGUAGAUCCCAUUAAUAAAAUGCGACAAGAGGCAUCAAAAUUAUGGUUAAAUUUUGGAAAAUCCGAAACGAAACAUGCCUCAGCUCUCUCAUUAGAAACGUUGUUUUCACUGUGAAUAUUGUAAAUUCAGAUAUUUUCCAAUAGAAAACAAAAAGGAAAAAAUAAUAAAAUUGUCCGCAAUGUUUGUCGAAUUUAAUUUAAAUUGAAUUGUAAUGAGAACG